AUGUCUUUGGCCUGCUUGCGCACUUGGUCUCGAAAACGAUUGCUCCCGACCCGGAUCGAGAACGCUACCCUUCGGGCCUUUGCAGCACCUGCUACGACUCGCAGCUUGGUCGCAUCCUCGAUCGUGAGCCAGCUGCGACCCCGAACCGGCACAAUGAGCAAAGGCGCGCAGAUCCAAUUGACGGAGCAAGAGGAAGCCAUCUGUCAGCUUCUCGACCAGACGUGCUCCUUCAUUCAUCGUGAACGACCCAGCAUCCCAGAGAUAGACUCAACACAGACCAGCGGCGAUGGAACCCAGCCCUGCGAGGCCCGCAUAGCUGGUGGCUGGGUCCGUGACAAGCUUCUUGCGCGCGACUCCGACGAUCUCGACAUCUCGCUGUCCACGUUGACCGGAAACGCAUUCGCCUUGUAUCUCAAGCAUUACCUCUCAUCGCCCUCCUUCGCGUCCUCAUCUCUCGCACGAUCGCCCUUCUUCAAAGAUGAAGGCUCGGAGAUGGGCCGAAUUGGCAAGAUCGCUGCCAACCCGGAACAGAGCAAGAAUCUGGAAACGGCCACAGCGCGCGUUCUCGGUCUCUCGAUUGACUUUGUCAACUUGCGCAAAGAGACCUACGAUCCAGGCUCGAGAAUUCCAAAAAUGACGUUUGGCACGCCGAAGGAGGAUGCGGAGCGUCGCGAUAUCACAAUCAACUCGCUGCUGUACAAUGUGCAUACGAGACAGGUGGAGGAUCACACCGGUUUGGGACUUCAAGAUCUAGCGAUCGGGUUGAUACGAACACCGCUGCCGCCCCUCACCACUUUCCUGGACGACCCGUUGAGGGUGCUUCGAUGCGUCCGGUUCGCGAGUCGCUUUGCGUAUGACUUGCACCCUACCAUCAUUCGCUGCCUGACCGGCGCAAAGGUUGCAGGCAGCAUCGUCGACGAUGCAGAAUCCAGUCUCGCCCAACUUGCGAGUAGCGACGAUCCAAGGAUAUCUGCGCAGGGCAGUGCGGGCGUCGAGAGCGGUAGAGAUCAGAUCCGUGAUGCGCUCGUCAGCAAGGUGUCGCGAGAGCGAUUCGGCAUCGAGGUCGACAAGAUGAUAAAGGGUCCGCACCCGUUGCUCGCCUUGUUUCUGCUGCACCGAUUGGAGCUUUUCCCGCUCGUCUUCCACCCACCACCUUCUGCGGGCAAGCUCUAUGUCGCAUCUGCCACCACUCCGAACAGCGAGGUUGGUCAACCUGCCUCAGACUCUGUAGCGCUCAACGCGGCUCGGUUGCUCGACGCCGUGCUCAGCGGCCAAGCGCUCGAAGACGUCACUCCUGACAAUCACGCAGUUCCUAUGGACACCCUCUACAUCGGCGACGGUCGUGAUAAUGCAUCCAAAUCCGACCUGUCACGCGCCUUCUCAUCCAUUCCAGCAUCGCCGGUGCCACGGGCAGUCUUCGAUGCGCUACCUUCCGAUCUGCUCGCCUGCUGGAACGGGACGGCGUUAUCAUCGGAAGAACGAAGACGACUCUGGAUUUCCGUCGCCUUGCUUCCCUUGCGACAUUUGAUCUACGAAGAAAAGAAGAGCAAGUUCUUCUGGGCUGGUGAGAGCGUCAUCGCCAACGGUUUGAAGUUGGGCACCAAAACCUUGAAGGAGCCGGUGGCGUCUCUGCAUCGCUGCAUGGAGCUAAUUCCGUUGGGCCGCAAGGUACUCUCCUCCGAGCACCCGCCAGCGGGAGCAGAAGUCGAAGCGCUGGACAAGUUGCUCAAUCUGCCUCCAGGUCUCAGCGUCAAAUCACGACUCGGACUCUUGCUUCGCAACCAGCACGCAUCCAACCCUCUGCUCCAACUUCGACCGCAACCUGCACUGCUGCUAUCGUUCAUUUCGGAGCUCCUCGAUCUCUGGCAGUGUCACACCGACCAUGACACAAUUACGCUGGCCGCGGUGCAGCAACAAGCGGUGCAGCUGGCAUCCGACUAUGCGCGCUUCUGGCAACGCAUCCAGCAGUGGAAUCUGGUAGAGCGAGCGGAGGAGAAGCCCGUAUUGGACGGCAAUGCAGUCACCGCUUGCCUCGAAUGUCAUCCGAGGCUGAUCUCGACGGUACAGACAUUCGUGCUGGGUUGGCAGUACGACAGAGGGCAAUUGGGAGAGGGAGGGGAGGAGGAAUGUAAGACUUGGUUGAAGAGCGAAUGGGAGAAAGGUGGGAUCGUGCCGUUUGAUCAGCGACCUGCACCCCCACCGGGGAAAGGAGAAAAAGCGAAGAAGAAGCCUGUGGCUGCAAAGACGGCGGACGAAUCGGAUCGUAGGAAGCGUCAGAAGAGCGAGUGA